GACGUUGAAAUAGCCAAUCGCGCUCCUCCUCCACAUGAGUGCAACGAAGAUGGCGCAAGACGGCAAGGUGCCCAGCGAUCUCUACCAGCAUGUGUACUCUUUUCUCGUGGAGAAUAAGUUCGCCAAAGCUGCGAAAGAGUUUAUAAAGCAGUCUAAAGUGAAACCCCAGGACCAAAAUGACGACAGUCUCCUGGACAUCUUCAAUUUCUGGGUGAAGUCCCCAGAAACCAAAAAGCGUAAAGCGGUCACCAGUGGCCCUGUGGCUGUCAAUGGCCCGUCAGCCAAGAAAGCAAAGAAAGAUGCAGAGAGUUCAAGCAGUGAAGACUCCAGCAGUGAAGAGGAAGCUGCACCUGCCAAGAAAGCAGUACAAGUGAAAGCUCCUGCUCCAAAGAAAGCAGCAGCUGUAGCUGCUAAAAAGAGCAGCAGCUCUGACUCCAGUGACUCUGAGGAUGAAGCUCCGGCUAAAACAGCAGCAAAGAAACCUGCAGCUGUGAAACCUGUUGUUCAGCCAGUGGCAGCAGCCAGAAAGAAAGACACCAGUUCCAGCAGUGAAGAGUCUGACUCUGAGGAGGAGCCCGCCAAAACUCCAGCUAAAGGGGCCAAGCCUGUGGCAGGGACCCCUAAAUCGGCGUCCACUCCUGUACCUGCAGCUCAGAAGAAGCAGGACAGCAGCAGCAGUGAGGACAGCUCGAGUGAAUCUGAGGACGAGGCUCCAGCUAAGAAAGCAGUAAAAGCAGCAGUCCCGGUGAAGACCCCUCCAGCCAAACCUGCGGACCCUGCAGAGUCCAGCAGUGAGGAGUCGUCCUCAGACGAGGAAGAUGCCCCUCCUACUAAGAAAGCCAAGACUGGACAAUUCAGUGCCGUCCCGCCCCCUGCAGCACUGACAACUCGUGCUCCAGUCAAAGCCCCCGCGGCCGCAGUUAAGACUGUGACUCCCAAAGCUUCUGCUAAGAAGGACUCCAGUUCUGACAGCUCUGAUUCAAGCUCAGAGGAUGAAGCAAAGAAGCCAGCGGUCAAAGCUGUGCCCGUGAAAGCAGCCCCAGUUAAGAAGCCUCCUACAAAGGUUGCUCCUGCUCAGAAAAAGGACUCUUCAAGCUCAGAUUCUUCAAGCUCCGAGGACGAAGCAGCAAAGCCAGCUGUCAAAGUCACACCUGCAAAAGCUGCAUCUGCUAAAUCUACACCUGCUAAAGUCACUCAAGCUAAAGCCGUACCCGCUAAAGUCACUCCAGCUGCAGACGAAUCUUCUAGCUCUGAAGACUCUGACGAUGAAGAGGCCAAGAAACCAGCAGCUAAAGUUGUCCCAGUUAAACCUGCGCCCGCCAAGAAAACGCCAGCUAAAGUCACGCCUGCUGCAAAAGAAUCUUCUUCAUCCAGCUCAGAGUCUGAAGACGACGCACCGGCCACAAAGCCUACUCCGGCCAAGGCAACCCCUGCUAAAUCUGCAACUCCAAAGACAACUCCUGCUAAAGCUGCUCCUCAAAAGAAAACUCCUGCAAAAGCUGCAACCCCUGCUAAAGCUGCUCCUCAAACAACUGCUAAGAAAGAUGAUUCCUCAAGUUCAGAUUCGGACAGUUCUGAAGAUGAGGCACCAGCUAAACCAGCAGUCACGUCCAAGCCUUUGAGCACUCAGAAGAAACCUGCCACCACACCGGUAUCCAAACCUGCCCCAGCCAAACCAACCAAUAAACCAGCGGAGAGCAGCUCAGACUCGGACAGCUCUUCAGAUGAAGAGGAACCUCAAAAGAAAGCCGCCUCCACCACACCUGUAUCCAAAUCUAAACCUGUGGCUACCUCAGCCAAAUCUACCCCUGCAGCUAAACCCGCUGAAAGCAGUUCAGAUUCAGACAGCUCAUCAGAUGAGGAACCACAGAAGAAAGUCGCCGCCACCACACCGGUAUCCAAACCGGCUACCCCAGCGAAACCUGCAGCUAAACCAGCCGGGAGCAGUUCUGACUCUGAGACUGACAGCUCUGAUUCAGAGGCCGAGACUCCAGCUGCUAAGACCCCGAAACCAGCAGCGACUGCUAAGAGCCCUGCCUCUGCUGCUAAACCACCGGCUCCAGCCAGUAAGGCCACAGCCAAGUCCAGCAGCAGUGAAGACGACAGUUCCAGUGAAGACGAGAAGAAAGUAAAGGCUACUGUGACGCCCAAAGCAGCAGCAGCAGCUAAACCAGUCGUUAAGCCAGUCGUGAAGGCAGUCACGAAGCCAGCUGUGAAGAAAGCCGAGAGCAGUAGCUCAGAUUCAUCAGACAGCUCAGACUCUGAGGCGGAAGUGAAGAAGACUCCCGCCAAGCCUGCAGUCGCCAAUGGAAAGCCUGCGAAACAAACCCCCACCUCUGCAGCGAAGACGCCGGCCAAAAAGACAGCAGAGUCUUCAUCCUCGGAUGACAGCAGUUCUGAUGAAGAGGAGCCGUCUAAAACACCGGCUGUCAAAACUCCACCCGCUAAAAAAGCACAGGCUGCUAAAGCCAAAGCCAGCAGCUCUUCUGAGGACUCGUCUGAGGAAGAGGAAACCAAGACUCCGGUCACUUCUGCAACAAAUGGCACACAGAGCAAGACAACACCCAAGAAUAAAAAAGUCCCCACAUCCACACCUCAGACCUUCCCCAGAACCAAACAGAAGGAAACCAAUGCUCCUUUCCGUAGAGUAAGAGACGAGGAAAUUGAUGUGGACCCCCGACUGGCAGACAAUUCAUUUGACGCAAAGAUGGGCGCCAACGGAGACUGGGGGCAGAAAGCCAACAAUGUGCUUAAAUUUACCAAGGGCAAAUCUUUCCGGCAUGAAAAGACAAAGAAGAAGCGUGGCAGUUACGUUGGCGGCGCCAUCUCCACCACAGUGAACUCAAUAAAAUUCGACAGCGAAUGAAUGAGAUCACAAUCUAAAUGAACUUUGAUUCCAUUUGAAUGAGCUCUCCCGCCUGUAUCUCCCAUUCUUUGCUGUAUCGGCUCUAGCAAGCGCUGUUCUUACCCAUCUACCCUCCCGCUGCUGUUCUGCCAUCAGUACUGAGGUGAAGAAGGCAGAAAUAGAGGCGGUUGGGGAAGUGUACGGUUUCAUGAUCUUCUACACUCAGUCCUUCAUGCAGUUAGACAUGGUGACCACGUGGUGGCAUCGUUUCAUUAGUUUUGCAAUAGAAAGUCUUUUGAUUAGCUUAUGUCAAAUCAUUUUGGCUUUACUGUAAAUGUUUCUUGAGGUUGGUUGACAAAUUAUGAAUGGUUGUUCUAACAGGUAAUUGUUGAUAUACUAGAAAUAAAGGAGAGAUUUUCUUUUUUUAUUAUGCGUCUUAAAGAAACGUCAUUGUUAUGGUUACGUUAUGAGCCUUUCCAUGUAUUUUGAGCCUGGUGAUCGUCUCAUUUGAAGAAGCCAUGUAAUGACUCCGCCCACUUCUGUUCAACGGACCACUGGAAGACCGCCAUCAGUCAUCCUCAUUCGAUUUUAGUUUUGAUAUUUUAUGGUUUCACUUCUGUUAUGCAGGAUUUUGUAAUUUGGUCUCCCUUAUAAUCAGUCUUGUAACUGUAAUAAAAUUUGUCUGAAACUCAA